AGCGAGGACGCCAGUAGCCCGAAUUUCUGUGAUAGAAACGGACAGUUCACUCCGGCUACUUCCAUCAAAAAGCUAGCGACAAACCCCGGCUAACUCAACUUUACUCUUCUAAACUAGAAGAAUCAGGACGCUACGAUGGCAACACAAACCCCCAACAUGCCGUACCGGCCCAAAUCACCAGAACACUUCAAGAGUUUGACCACCCGAUGCCGUGAGAAGGAGGAGCUCCGGGACCUGAACGAGCGUUUGUUGGUCUAUGUAAACCACAUGAGAUCUCUCAAGGAGAUUGAAGAGACCGAGGAGCACAUUCAGGUUGACGGAGAGCUUAGUAAGAUCCAGGAAUCCCUCAAAGAUCUGUUCCACACCGAGAUCGAAGAAGCCCGCAGACUCCUUGAUGAAACAGCCAACGCGAAGGCAGCUCUCGAACUCGAAGCAAGUCGAAAUCUUGAUGCCAUCGAUAAUCUAAAGAGAGAUCUUGAAGAUAAAGAUGGGGAGAUAGAGAGACUGAAGAAGCUGAUUGAAGAGCUGGAGCAGAAAUUUGCUGAUGCUCUGGGAGACAUCCAGGAGGCCAAGGCAAAUAACAAGAGAUUACAGAAAGAGAACGAUGAGAUCAGAAAACAGCUUGCUGACGAGCAAAAUAACAGGAAAUCAUCAGAAAAAGAGAUCGUGCGACUGGAACGAGUAAUUUCAAACUACGAAAACGACAUAACUAGACUAAAACAACAGCUGAAAGAGUAUUCAGACAGGGAGAAGAGCAUGAAGAGUGACCUGAAGAAUCUAAGGAAGAAUUUAGAAGAUCUCAAGGACGAGUUGGACAGAGAGACUCUAAAGAGGAUAGAUAUCGAGAAUAAGACUCAGACUCUAAGGGAGGAGAUGGAGUUCAAAGAUUCGCUCAAAGAAAAGGAGCUGUCAGAACUACGAAGAGAGACUUCCUCAACACACGUUAGGAAGAUAAGAAAGAAGGAAGCUGCGGAAGAGUUCGCAAUGCAGCUGAGCGAGGCACUCGGCAAAGCGCGCGAGCACUUCGAGGAGGAGAAGCGCAUUCUGCGCGAGCAGCUCACCACUGUGCACCAGAAGGAGCUGGAUUCUGCUAAAGCAUUCGCCAGCACUGUCACCGUCAAGGAAACGGUAGAGCAUACAGUCGAGUUCCGUAAAUACCUGGCAGAGAUUGAGGAGCUGAAACUCACGAUAGACGCCAUGUUGGCAAAGGAGAAGAAACUCCAAGAGAGAAUCAAGAUGUUGGAGGAUCUGUUGAAGAAAGCUGAAGAUAACGCAAGGGAAAAAGACGCUAAACAUCAGACUGACAUAGACAAGCUAGAUAAAGCAAUGAAAGCUCUCCUUAAAGAUUAUUCAGAUCUCAUGGAUGUCAAAGUUACUCUAGAUAUGGAAAUUGCAGCUUACAGAAAACUCCUUCAAGCAGAAGAGGUGAGGUUGAACCUGACGCCGUCACCCAAGUCCGGCCGUGUCAGAUCAGCUCUGUCGUUUAACGAUGCGGAUGCUCCCAGCCGGAAACGACAGAGAGUAAUGGAGGAGAGCUUCACAACGGAGACUAACUCACAUGUUUCUAUAGACGAGGUGUCAAUAGAACACGACUACGUUGCUAUAAGCAACAUGACGGAGAAGGAUCAGAUAAUGAAAGGGUGGACUAUCUCCAAGGUAUCUGCUGAGGAGACUCUGGAGUAUAAGUUCCCCGCUAAAGCAGUCAUUGGCCCCGAUCAAACCCUCAAGGUGUACAGCGCUGGGGCUGGAGCUACGCACAACCCCCCACUCAACUUGGUAUUCAAAAAACUAGACGCCUGGUCCAACACCAUGGACGUGCAGAUCGUCCUGAAGAACUCAGACGGGGAUGUGGUCAGUACCUACAAAGCCAAAGCAGAGACCAGCACCGAGUAUUUGGAAGAAGGAGAUCAGCGAGCCUGCUCACUCAUGUGAACACGUGACCGUGUGUGGCGUGGUUACGUCAUUAUAGGGGCUCCGUGUCAUGUAAAUAUUAUAGCUAUUAUAUCAUACCAAUAUUUUAUUUUACCAAUGAUUAUGAACUUAUAAAGUUAUAUGCGAUGUAUCCCUUAACCUUUUAUCAGUUGUUUGCCGUGUGUGUGUGUUGUAACGACUGUAUCAUGAUUCGUUGCAUGUUUUGACAUCAUGACAUCAAUACGACGUCAUCAUAACGUUAUGACGUCAUCGUAACGAUAUGACGUCAUCGCAACGAUAUGACGUCAUCGCAACGUUAUGACAGACCAACCAGUGCAAAUAGUUUAGAAUUUAGGUAUUUAUUUUAGCUAUGUGUACGAUAACUUUCUAAUUAUAUUCAUUAAGGUAUGAGUUUGAUGUUUAACUUCUUUUAUUGUAUGACACGCUGCCGAUUAAUUAUGAGACAAGUUUUAUUCAAUUUCAAAAGUUAUUUGACGUUGAAGUUUCAUUAUAUAAAUUUUAUUAGGUUUUCGUGGCUUACUCGAGGUUCGAUUUGAUGGGUUUGUCAACUUUUGGGGUUAAGGUUUGGUACUUUUAGGAUUUUAGGAUAUUAAUUCGAUUCCAACCAGAGGAAAUCUAUAUUUCAUGCUAUUUUAUACCGUUCAGCUUGUUUUCGGGAGAAUGCACGACACGUUUAUUAUCAUUAUGUUAGUUUAAACUUUACGAGGAAGGUAGUUUGACCGUUUUAAGCUUGAAAACUGACCGUUUAAUGUUUAAUACUUCAAAAAAUUUCUAUAUUUUAAACGAAAAUGUUACUGCCGAAAUUUCUACCCGUUUACACUUAUAAGGGGAUUUGCCCAGAAUUUAUUUUAAAAUGAAGUGUUAAAACGACUCAUUUUAUUUUGUACUAUUUAAAUUGGAAAUAAAUAUUUUCUUUCUAUUAUAA